AUGUCAUCCGACCCAAGCAAGACCAACGCACAAUGGAACUCAACCGUCGGCACUGCCAAGGAAUCCUUGGGCAACGCCGUUGGUUCUGAAGACUACUCCAAGGCCGGUAAAGAGCAACAUGCCAAAGGUGAAGCCGAGAGAAAGGAGGCUGAAGCCAAGCAAUACGGCGAAGGCAUGGUCGACUCAGCUGCAGGCAAGAUGAAGAACGUCGGUGGCGCUGUCACUGGUGACAAGGAGAAGCAGGCUGAAGGUGCUGCUCGUGAAGAAAAGGGCGAAACCAAGAGAGACUUCGCUUAA